UCUGGAUCCAGCUCAGCUCGCGCCCCAUGAUGGUGUGCAUGUCGCGCGUGUGGCAGCGGGGCUCCGCGUUUGCCGCGCGGCUCCGAAGGAAGGACUGGGCGUGCAGGUUGGCGGGUCUCUCAGUGAAACACUACAGCACCAAGACGGCGCCGCAGGUACCAGGCAUGGAGUACCAGGACGCCAUUUGCACUCUGAACACACUACAGACCAACGCCAGCGCACUGGAGCAGGUUCGAAGAGAGCGUGGCCACCCGCAGCUGCAGCUCCAGGCCAUGAGGAGCUUCCUGGAACGAUCAGGCCUCACAGUUCCCAUUGUCUUUGCAGAAGUGGAUUUAGCUGUAAUUGAAGUGGGGAUUGGUGGAGCGUAUGACUGCACCAACAUUAUAAGGAAGCCGUGGGUGUGUGGUAUCUCCUCUCUGGGCAUAGAUCACACUCAGAUCCUUGGAGACACCAUUGAAAAGAUCGCCUGGCAAAAAGGGGGCAUCUUCAAGCCAGGGGUUCCUGCCUUCACAGUCAAACAGCCAAAAGAUGCGAUGGUUGUGCUCAGGGACAGAGCCAAAGAGAUAAAGUGUCCUCUGUGGGCGUGUCCAGAGCUGGAGGACUACCAGACAGACUGUGGACCUUUGCACCUGGGCCUGGCAGGACAGCACCAGCGCUCCAAUGCGUCCCUGGCCCUCCAGCUGAGUCACACUUGGCUGCAGAGAAGAUGUCUACCAGAUAAAAGCUUUCCCUCCACCAGUGUUGAGAAUGCAGGUGUUCUUCAGGGGACUUUAUUCAAGCCCAGCCCCAUGAAGACNUCAGGGCUGGCAGACACAGAGUGGCCUGGAAGGAAUCAGACUCUGAAACACGGAGCAGUCACCUACUUCCUGGAUGGAGCUCACACCAUGCGCAGUAUGCAGGCCUGCGUUCACUGGUUCAGAGAGACGGCAGCCCAGCAUGAAAGGAACGCAAGUGGGCCUGUGGCCAGAGUUUUGCUGUUCAACGCUACAGGAGAGAGAGACUCAGCAGUCAUGCUUAAACUACUGGUGCCAUGUCAUUUUGACUUUGCUGUGUUCUGCCCAAACAUCACUGAAGCCAUCGCUUCUUGUAAUGCAGACCAGCAGAACUUCAACGUCUCUGUGGAAAACAUGUUGACCCGCUGCUUGGACAACGAGAGGAGCUGGCGUCUCCACAACAGGCUGGGGGAUAACCAAGGCACACAGCUGCUCAUCGAGGACAGCCUGCCCCUGGUCCCUGAAAAAAAAGCAGACACCCUGGUCUUCCCCUGCAUCCUCAGCGCCCUCCGCUGGAUAACCCAGGGCAGGGACUCCGUGGUGGCGGACCCAGCCAAGACGGUCUUACCAAUUAAACCCAGCAUCAUGGCCAAAGCCGCUCCGCUCUGUGACGUGGCCGAGAUCCACGUCCUCAUCACCGGGAGCCUCCACCUGGUGGGCGGAGCACUCAAACACCUGGACCCAGCUUCCUCCAAGUAAAAGACCAUGUGAAAUUUAAACGAGUGAAUUUAAAUACAGUUUAAUAAUGGAUGGGUGCUCUGCCUAUAUACACAUGUACCUUCCUCAUUUCUGUCUGUAUAGAUGAGGCUUUUGUACUGCUAGCUUUUUGGACUUUUAGGUGUUUACCUGAAUGGGAUUAGCUGCACGCAGGUACUGUUGUUGUCUUGGUAGCUUCACUACAGUGGCUGAUGCUUGGAGCCUGCUAGUUUGGACCAAGAUAGCUCCAGGCCUCACAGCAGCCCCCAGAGUCACCCAGAGCCUUACAGACAGCAACACAAACGUGUGGAGCUCUCGUUUUUAGUCUUAACUUGAAGCCAAAUAUGUUUACAUGAACUGACGGAGGCUACAUUCAUGUACAGCACAAUGUGCAUCUAGUUGGCUAAACUGGAACUGUGUGUGCGCUCCCGUGAUCUCUGACGCCACCUGGAUGAGGCAGAGUGGCGUCAUUAUAUUACAUUUAUACAAAAACUGCAGAUAAACAGGCACCAAAAAGUGCUGCUACAUGGAGUUUUUUACUUACUUAUUUGGAAGACUUGACUAUAAGCAUUCAGUCUUUUUUUAAAUGAAUGCCAUUUUGAACAGUUUCUACUUUCAAUUUGACAAGUGCUUCAUACACAAAGCCUAUUCAUCUUUUUUGUAGAUGCAAAUAUUCUAACAAUAGUGUUCGCAUCAGAGGAAUUCAUGGCACUGUGUUAUCUGUAUUGUAAUAUUUAAAUGCUCCUUAAUUUAAAUUAGCAUUAUAUGACCGUAAUACGUACAGUUCUUUGUAUGUAAGUAUAUAUGUUUGUUUAAUGGUAAACUGUAUUAAAUACAUUUUUCAUCAUGCUGGCAUGCACCCCAUUUACGCCUGGUAUUAAAGUGCGAUCUGUAUCUGGCCACAUGACUCACAUAAUAAACAAUCCGAUCGUACCUUUUGUGUUUACACCUGGUAUAUUAAAUGCAUUUUUGUGAUCCUUGUUGAGAUCAGAUCUGUCCUCCAGAGCAAAACCUGCACGUGAGUUAGGAGAAACGCGGUCUACAACAAAUUCGUAAUCAUGUGUCCCCUUUUUGCAAAUUCGGCAAAUGUAACAAGUUGUUCCUUUCUUGGUAAAAAUAUUGUCAUUUUUUCCUGGUCUGUUGCAGUACCGCUGUGUACUAAGCUUCUCUGACUAGAUAUAUUAUAUGCCUUGUUAACAGCAGAUUAGCUGCACGGAUGAGUGACACGCAGUCAUUACUCACUGUAUCAUGUAUAUGUGUCAUUAAUUUCCCCCGUACUGCUUCCAUUUUCUACGCAGUUCUGUUGAAUCAGCCUUCUCGCUUAGAUUAGAAGAUCGGAACACAAUGCGAGGAGACUACCUCCAGAUGUGGUCAGGCAGAUCUGAUCACAACACAUUUACACCCUGCAUUAGCAAGCCUUUGUCCUUAUGUGGAUAACAUGUCCGGGUACAGAUCACAUUGUUGUAAAUGGGGUCAUGGUAACCCAUCCAGUGAAGCUAACAGAGGUCAUCAGCUUUACAGGUGGUUUCAUACUGUAACCUCAAAUUAGUUUGAAAUUCCAGGCCAGUAUUGCCUGACUCCACUGGAAUGUUCCUGUCGAGCCAACAAGACACAAAUGCACUUAAAAGGAAGUUGUCACUUGUUGUAAAUAGUGAAGAUAUCUGAAGAAAUCUGCUCACAUAUUAAUUAUAAGUCAAUUAAAAAAGAUAAUUGUGUCCACC